CUAAGUGCACCAUUAUGUUGAACAAUAUGGAUUUGAAUGCUAAAGAUUCUUUUUACCCCCAGUUUGAAAAUUGCAACAGUUCUUCCCUGGGAAUGGAAAAUAGCGUGCGGAAAGAUAACCAGGAGGUGUAUGUCGAUGCAGAGCGGGGGGUACCUGCCCAGUUUGGCCACGAGGGAACCCCUGUAACCCUCAAAACCGAAGCCUCCAACUCGGAAUUUGCUUUUAACCCCUGCGAGUGCCCAAAAGACACCUACACCCCCACCUCCCUCGCCUACUCCGGCAGUUUCUAUGUUGAAGCAUCUCAGGGGGCGCCGUGCAGCACCGAAACACUUCUCAACAUGAUCACAGAGAUUGUUGGUAUAUCUACAUUGCCAAUCUCUGAAGUGCAGCAGAGUGGCAAUGGCCGGGGAACUUAUCCGUCGCCUGCGCCGAUGGAAACCAGCCAUGGCGAUUUUGGAGACCCUGCCAAGAGGCAAUCCUACACUUGCUCCGGACCCACUCCUCCUGUGUACUCUCCGGAUCAGACGUGCCCGAGCUUUGCUGACGAUCAGGCCGGAAGCCACACUCAAGACCCGGCCUCUUCACAGUUUAGCUUCGGCUCCUCGGCCCCAAACCAGAAGAAGGUUGAGCCAAAGUCAGAAGCUGCGUCUUUCCCUGUUGUGGUCAAGAACGAGUUUGAAAGCAGCUGUUACGAGUGGGGCACAUUUAAUAAGUCUGACUGUUUGGAAACGGGCUUCCAGACAGAAACCUUCCCCAUGUCAAAUGAUUUCCCUCCUGACCAGCAAAUGGAUGUAAAGGAACUCUUGGACACAUUCCCCCCAAUUUGCCCCAACCCAGAGAUGGAGUUUAAAGUCGAGGGAGGCAUUAAGCAGGAGCCGUGUUUCUCUGACACCUGUUCUCAGAGCUACUCCAGUCCUCUGUACAAUAAUUACCCACCGCCACCGAUGGGCCUCUCAUCCAACCUGAAGCCGGUUACAUUCCCUGUUGAACUUCCACAGCCGUCCAAUCAGUGCGAUUCUUUAUACACAUCACCAGCUUUACCGAGCACCAUAGACUCCAUCCUGUAUUCUUCCUUGCUGCCGGACUCUUUUGCCCAAAGUUACACCCGUGUGACGAAGCCUCCGAGGGCCAGAAAGAGCCCCGCCACCUCUCACGGCCCGGCCAAAGAGAAACCAUUCACAUGCCCUAUGGAGAGCUGCGAUCGCCGAUUUUCCCGCUCGGAUGAGCUGAACCGGCAUAUUCGCAUUCAUACGGGGCACAAACCCUUCCAGUGCCGCAUCUGUUUGCGCAGUUUCAGCCGUAGCGAUCACCUUACCACCCACACCAGGACUCACACCGGGGAGAAGCCGUUUUCCUGCGAUGUCUGCGGCAAACGUUUCGCCCGGAGCGACGAGAGGAAACGGCAUGGACGCGUACACCUGAAACAGAAGGAGAAAAUGGAAAUAAAGCCACAGGUUGCCACCAGUGCAUGGCCAUUCACUCUUCCCGAGGGAAUUUGAAGAGUGAUAACGCCCCCACAGUACUAUAUGUGUCCACACUACAUUAGGAUCUUUCCGUCUUGGAAGAUAAGCCAGCUGAUUACGAGUUGAUGUCUCAGUUGGUUUGACUGGCAAGUCCAACCCUGACACGAGAGGUUUUGGAAGAUGCUGGAGGGGCAGAAAGGGGGAAAGAGGGCUCUGCUUUGGCCCUAUUGCCUGCUGUUGAUGCUGCUGACUCUAUGCAAUGAUGCAUACGUUGUAAAAGUGGGUGAACAGCUCAACAGUGACUUGUUGCUGUUACUGUCAACAGAGCCAAACCUCUCUGCGGCAUUGCAUGACUGCUGUUCAGCACCUCUUCAUCUGGACAGCUCCAACCUCGAUAACAAAACCAUCCGCGUUGUGAACCUGGGAUGGAUUGCACUUAAACUUAAAGAUUAUUGAUAUUUCCACUUAAGAUUCUUAUUUUCUGCUUUUAGCAUUUUUAGAGCAAUGGUUCGGACAAUGGUUCUUAAAAUGCAUGUUUAUGUCAGUGUUUUCUUUUUCCCCUUUUCUUUUUUUUUCUUUUUAAAGGAAUAUCGACCACUGUCAAGGUAGUCUUUCACUCCACAGUGAAGGUUUAUGACAUGAAUGUAGGCUAACAUAUUUAUGGCUUUGACCAUAAAGCUGUCCAUCUUUGCCCAGAUUUAGUGUUUGUUUAACUUUUUAUCAUUUGGCUGUCAGUGUUUUUGUCAUUGGUCUU